CUCCCGCUCUCCCGCUCUCCCUCCGCACAUCCACACAUGAACCUGGCGGUGUUCAGGAGUAGGACGCGCGAGCCAUUGGGUGGAGCAGCGGCGUCGCGUGCUGCGGAAUACACUCAGUAGGUCGUUAAACGCUGCGCGCGCUUUGGUUGCAGAUGCAGGUCGCCGAGUGUGAGCGCGAGGCGGGGGCAAAUGGCGAACGGGCGCGGGCGGCGGUGCGCCUCGUGAGGAUACAGUAAGACACCCGGAGCGGAGGAGGCAGGCGGCAGCUCGAGGACAGACAGGAGAAGGUAAACAGGGAACCAUGGAUGACUCCGAGCCCGCAGAGGACGGCUUGCUCGCGGGCUUGCGGUGGAACCGGAGCGCACGGGACCAGGCUCAGCUCAAACACAAAAUCCGGGAUCUGCCGGGGCUACUCAAGCACGGGCUGCACCUGCGGAAGAAGAGCCAAUCACCCGACACUAUACCCGGCCCGAGCACUGGACCCACAGUACACAAGUCUUGUUCCCAGAGUUUUCCAUGUGCUGGUCGGACUGUGAGGAAUGCCUUCCUCUCUCAUGGACCAUACCCAGCUAAAGACAAGAUCCACCUGGCCAGAAUCAUACGGCGUAGCUAUGUGGGCGUGGAGCUGGUGCAGUGGCUGUGUGAGCAGUGUGUGUACGUACGCUGUCGGACUACUGCUGUGCGUGUCUGGCAGGUGCUGCUGGAGCUGGGAGUCCUGCUGUCUGUGGACCAGCGGGUGGUGUUUUCAGACUCCAACUCUUACUACCAGUUCAGCUUUGAGGAGUGUGACUCCGCCUCCUGCGAGUUUCGCUCCAAUGAGGGGGAUUGGCCAGAGGCUGUUAGGCUCCUCCUACAACUCGCCCCAUAUGUCCAGUUUCGCUCUGGAGGUGGGGCCAACAGCCCGUCAGAGGAGGACUCUGAAGGCAACAGGGACAUCUGCAGUGAGAUUCUCCAGAUGAAAGCUCUCGAGAGGCUCACUUCUACGGUACAAAGUGAGUUGGCAGCUGCUCUUGCCCGAAAGACUCGCAAAGCUUUAUCAGAGCAGGACUCUGAGACGACAGAGACGAGCCAACAGGAGCCUCGCACACCCAGCGAGGAGAGCAGCCCGCUGGGCGGGGUGUGUGCAUUGCGGGGUGGCGGUGGCAGCGGCGGCAGCGGUGGAGGAAUGGGGACGUGCAGCCGUGAGGAGCUGACCAGCCGGCUGGGACUGGAGGCCGUUCAGCGGCUGGCUAAGGACGGCUGCCGGCUGCUGCAGAACCACAACUACCGGCUGCCUGACAGGAACCAGGCGGUGAGUAAAGAGGCAUUGGGGAGGGUUUGUCUGAAGGAGAGAGGACGGGACGUAUUGGUGUUGCGGAGAGUGACAUCAUCAGUGACGUCGCCCUCGGACCGGCCCUCACCCACAUCGUCAGGGGGCGGUUCCAGAGAGGAGGAUUGUGACAAGAGGUAUGUCGUUGUGUCGGGGACACCGCUCAAGAUCUUGGAGCAUCUGCUAAGUGACCUGCGGUUGGAUGACCAAAGAGGGGCGCCAGAGAGCAGGGAGAGCGAAAUGCUGCUGGAUGACUUCCUGUUGACCUACCUGGUGUUCAUGUCCACCAGUGACCUCUGUCAGGCUCUGCUGGGACACUAUAGCAGCACCCGCUGCAGGGGCCAAGAAGAGGGCAAAGACGCCCUCUUCAGGAAGCGUAAGGUACUGCAGCUGGUCUCCCACUGGAGCAGGCUCUACAAGGACUUUCUCAAGGAAGAGGAGCAUGUUCGGAGUUUCAUGAAGACCCUGUACAGGUGUGUUUUAGAAGAUCUGUAUGAGUUCCCCACGCUAGAGAAAGACCUGAAGGAGUUCCAGAAACUUCUGCGUCGCAGACACACUGUCGAUGACUGCCCUCCAAACCAAAAGAGUAAACAAAUGUAUCAGCAGUUGAGUUUAAAGGAAAACUGUUUGCAACUCCGAAGUCCCCCAUCUGAGACCAGAGAUGUUAUUUGUUGUGUGUACGUGAGCGCAGACUCCUACCUGAGUGUCCACACACACCCCUCAUUGGAGGCGCAUGAGCUGCUAAGAAUUGUGGGUCUGAAAAUGGACAGAGCAGAAGAAGACAUGGUGCUUGCUGUUGUGUUGCACACUGGAGAGCGGAGAGUGUUACAGUCUAGUGACUGUGUCUAUUCAGAGUCUCUGACCCCACAAGGAAAGCUCAUGGCCUGUCGCAGGGAUCUCACCGAUAUCUUGCCUCCUUUAACGGACAGUGCUGAGCUAAGCAGGAGGCCGGUGAGACUCUUAGGUAUUAACACCUGGGAUGUGGCAGCUGCUCUCACACACCUGGACUGGAGCCUCUUCAAAUCCAUCCAUGAGCAGGAGCUGGUGUACUACACGCUCAGCCGUGCUCCUGGUACAGGCCAGACGGCGGCGCUCUCAGUCCUGCUCCAGCGCUGUAACGAGGUACAGCAGUGGGUCAUGUCCGAGGUGCUCAUGUGUGUAUCGCUUAACAAGAGAGUACAGCUGCUCAAGAAGUUCAUCAAGAUCGCAGCUCAUUGUAAAGCCCAAAGAAAUUUGAACUCUGCAUUUGCCAUCAUCAUGGGUCUUAACACAGCAGCUGUCAGUCGACUCAACCAAACCUGGGAGAAAUGUCCGGGAAAGUUCAAGAAGCUUUUCUCAGAGUUGGAGCUCAUCACGGAUCCAUCUCUGAACCACAAAGCUUACAGGGAAGCCUUCAAGAGGAUGAAACCUCCCAAGAUCCCUUUCAUGCCUCUUCUCCUGAAAGAUAUCACCUUCAUCCACGAGGGAAAUAAGACCUUCCAUGACAACCUGGUCAACUUUGAGAAACUGCAUAUGAUCGCAGACACCGUAAGAAUGAUUCGCCACUGCCAAAGCGACCAGCCAGGCAACGAGGUAAUCGGGGUCGACAGUGCGGAGGUGAGGGCGAGCGUUCACUACCUGCACAUUAUCGACAAUCAGCAGACGCUUUUCGAACUGUCACACAAACUGGAGCCACGCGCUUAAACACACAGACACACACACACACACAGACACACACACACACACACACACACACACACACACACACACACACACACACACACACACACACACACACACCUACUCUCAUAGACACACACAAACACACCGGACACAGUGCAGUGGAAAUCCUAGCACCCAAGUACGUGUGGCAUAAAGGACACUUUGUAUGGCAAAAUGUCACACACUCACACAUACACUGCAACAAAAUCACAGUACCAGCAGAGGUGCCAAGUGGACAAUAAGGUGCCAUGUGUUCUAACAAAAACCCAUCAAGACAAAGAGCUGCCUGUUCUCUACAGGCUUUGUGACAACAAACCUGUUUAUAAAGGAUUUAUAAAGUCUGCACACGAUCUGUGAACUGUCUACAGGAAGAGAUUCUGUGCAGCAAGACGAAGAUUUGCCAAACUGAGACGGAGAGAAGAGGAGGCUGUAAUUAGUUUGUACAGUAUCUAUUGGACUGAAUAUGCCCUUCUUUUUGUUCUUGUGAUGAGCUUUUGGUUAUUUAUGAGCCUUUUCAACAGGUGGAAUAUUCCUUUAUUUUGUCAAAGUCUCGACGCCCCCCUCGGGGGUCAACAAGGACUCGAUAGCCUCUUCAUCAUUUCAGUUACUAACACAAAAACGUCUGAGGAUAUUUGUUUAUAACCUGACGGCCACAAUUGGUCCUUAUCGAUGGUCUCAUGAUUUCAUCCGCAUAUCACAUACCUGCUUCCUGAUGCACGUAUAUCCAGGACACAUGCCAUAGUUAUUUAGGUGUGUGAUGUGGAGCUUUCUUUGGUUAUUGUGUGGUAGAAUAUUAUGUAACACAAGCAUCAGCAGCCAGUGUUGAAGCAGUGCAACACAUUUCUACUCCUUUUUCACCUUUUCUCACCGAGGCUGUCGUUUAACUAAAAAUGUACAGUGAGUGACAAAAGGCAUGAUGUUAACAGUGGAACGUAUCUGGCGCAUGAAGGAAGCAUCGUGAGAGGUUUUCAUGACUGACUCUGACGUUUCAAACACUAGAGCGCUCCUGAACGUGCCAGAGUUCAAACACUGUUGAUGAAUAGUGAACAUUUUCCAGUCCUGGUUGACAUUUAGCCAAACACUUCUCAUGCACUCUUCUCUGUGAUGUUUUUGUGUGAAUAGAUAAUGAUAGUUUUACAUUGUAUAUAAUAUGGACCUAUACAUUUUUCAGUGCCAAAUGUUACAUUGAGUCCUGCAGCAUAGAUGUACUGUAGAGCUCUUGGUUUGGUUAGGAAUCAGUGUCUUUUUCUUUUUUUCUUUUUUCUUUCCUUGAAUGAGCCCUGGAAUGACGUCUGGUCCUUGAUGUAAAGCCAAUCUGACUCCAUGCAGAGAUGCUUUCUGACAUUAUGAUGACUGAUUUCAGGGUGCGUUAUGGUAUCCCACUCACCACGGGUUGCUAUGGAAACACAACCCCAUCAUAGAGCUAUUUCUUUUCUAUUUUUUAAUCCUUGAGUUAUGUUACACUAACAGAUAAGUCAAAGCACUGCACUGCAGACCUUUGUUAAGAAAUAGCUUUAUUCAACAAAAUCAUGUUCAUGGGAUGAGAUUUUGACAUUGAUGAUUCAUUCUUAUUGACUGAAAAGAUCACUUCAUUCAGAAGUAGACAGAGUAAUGGAAGCACAAGGGCACAUACUUCCUCCAUUAUAGAGAGACUAUUGGCUGGAAAAAAACAUCCUCAAAUUCAGACAUUUUCCUGUUGAUGUGGCCAUGAUGUGAAAAACAUCUAUUUGUUAUUCAAAUCACUGAGGGACCAGCCUGUUAAUGUUACUCUGGCUCAGUCUGUGGUCACCAGGAAAGAAAUGCAGCAUGUGAAGAGGGGAAUCAUUCAGAAAUUAUACAUGAGAAUGAUGAUACAUAAAAAUUAAGACAAGAAACGCACCAUUUAAAACCAUGAGCAGUCUUCACAUCCUGCAGACCUUUGUAGUGUUUGUGUUAUUUUGUCUUUGCCCUGUAUUUGUUCAUGCAUAGCCAGUCACCUCAGUGGUACAUUUCUGCUGAUUCCAGAGGCGAGAUGCCUAAAUGUUAUGUAGCGAUGCAUGUCUUGCAUUGUUUGGAUAGUUAUAAAACAUGGGGGGUUAAGUGCAAUACAGUAGAAAUGUGGUUGCCACAAGUCUUCAUCAUUUCAACACUAAGCCUUUCAGAGCACAGAACUGCUUUCUCAUUUUAAAACAUCUUUGGUUCAUGACAAGAAAAAGAUGAUGUCAAGGUGAAGACCUGCUUUUAAACAUAUUUUUGGUGUUAUGAGCAGCUUAGUCAUUGUAUGUUUAUUAAAAACUAUUUUAAAGACAAACUCUAAGCUGUUGUUCCUGCAGAUGCUCUGACACUGAAUAUGGAGCCAGUUCUGUGGACAGUUCAAUUGGAAGCUUACCUGAGACAUUUAUGUUGUACUAUUUAAGAUUAAAAAAUAACAUUCAUAACCUCAGAAAAUGGAUUUCCCCUUUAAAGUGAGACUAUAUGGCUGUUGCUGAAUGGCAGCCACUGCAGCUUUCAGAGACAUUUAUGGGAUAAUGCUAAAUGGAAAAAUCACUAAUUAAGCACUUAGCUAAAAAGCUAAACCACUGUAAUAGUAGCACAAGUGGAGAAGAGCUGUAAAGUUAGCAAACUGACUGUUAUACAGAUAUAUACACCUAAACUAACAUUAGCUGCCAUUAACUACUGGUGAUUCCAAACUCCUGAGUGUCUUCAAUUAAGCAACAGUGUGUUUCAUUGCUUGUGAGCCCAGAUUUUCAGUUAUAAGAGGAACACUUAUUCUUCUCUUCAAAAUGACAGUCUUUGACAGCUGGAGCCAAAAAAUCAGAGCCAUGGUCUGUUCAUAUUCAGUGUCAUAGAAAGGCCUUGUGGUAGUCAUUUUUACUAUUAACCUGUACAUGAUGCACACACGCACAAACAAACCUCUGCUUAUUGUUUUCAAAGAGCAGGAUAAUUGUGCUAUACUAGUUAUUUAUUGUAAUAUAUUGUUUAUUUAUGUAUUUCUAAGGUAACAGAAGCUCGUGUGCCAUGUGCGGAGGUUCAACAAUGUGGAAGGGCAUUCUUGAUAAGGAAAGAUGUGUGUGGUUUGAAGCUGCGUUGCUGGAAUGUUAAAGUACUUGCUGUAAUGUUUGUGGGCACUUGAUGGCAGCAGAAGAGCAAGUCAAUGUGAUAACGCUCAUCUCUUUCCACUGGUAUGAAAUGCUGUAAUGGACAGGAAACCAACAGGAGGGUGUAUUUAGUGUUUUAUCUGCCGUUGUCAUUACUGUGUAAAGUUCUGUUUUUUAAAGCAAUGUUGUUUAAAACCUGUUUGCAUGUUGAAACAAAAAACACAAAGUUCACAAUGCAAGAGAGGACACAUUGAAGGCUUUGUACUAUUGUAAUAUUGUUGAUGUGUAAAUAUAUUCCAACGUUUGGUAUGUUAUUAUUUAUCAGUUGUAAAUGAAAAAAAAAUAGUCAACCACAAAGCAAUACGUCUCCCCUUGUGUCCCCUCAACCUUCUGACAGCUGAAGCCACAUGUCUUUUCUAAAGCUGCGUUUUAUUAUGUCAAAAUAUGACUGAAAUGAAUAAAUUAUAGGUUUUAUGUGA